AUGGAUGAAGCUCCCAACUGCGCGAUUUGCAAUGCUCCCGCCUAUCCAGAAUGCCCUUGCGAAUCGGAGCGACUGCAGAUCGCAGUCAAGCAAGCAGAACAGCGCGCUAUGGAUGAACGGCUGGCCGAGAUACGAGACUGGGUGAUCAACCAUGCGCGCCAGCACAUUCUGAAGGCAUUCGAAAGUCUGAGCUCGAUACGAAAGUCAGCACACGCCCAAUACCUUGCCUCGUUACCCAACUACGACAUCUACAUGCGAUACUCCGGACGCCCACCAAUAUCGCACAUAUAUGUUGCAACUUUACAAUCACAAAUCGCUGAAGCGCAUUCGGAACUGAAGCGGGGCAUCGAUGCUGACUGGCGUGCAUCGGUCCUUCGCUACCCGAUAGUUCUGGAUUACUUCUAUAGCCUGAUCCAGUUGAGGCUUCCCAGCGAUCAUUCGCCAGAGGUCGUCCAACCACCUUUCGCUGCAGCUGGGUACGCGGACAGAGGAUACGACAGAGGCUAUAUCGACACUGCUAGUGGUAUCGAGAAGAAAAAGAAGAAGCGGCGUGACAGGGAGGGCUCGGCAGGUCCAGAGAGACAUGCAGCCGUACACCGCAUCAUGAGAGGGCCGCCGCCGGUGCCUACACCUCCACUGCAGCAUUCCGGAUUCCCUCGGCCACCCGGAGCGUACUACUAAGCAGCUUGGCAUUGCAUUUUAUCGCGGGGUUAGCUUCACCAAAGCGCAGGCCUGGGUUUGCGAUUUGUUCCCUUCGAAAUUGAAGCAUAGCGAGGAGUUUGGGUUGCAGAUUUGCGGCUAAGCACUCGCGCGUACUCUCGAUGCAAUCCUUAGCGAUGAUGGCAUCGCGUGAUAUUUUUACAGUCUGAAUAGGGCGUGCAGUCCAUGAAUACCAUCCAUAGUUGUUUGCAUAGUAUCACCAAUCGUACCUGAAGUUGAUC